CAGUGCCUCUGGAGUAAAAAAGGAUAAAUUCCUCUUGUUUGGAAAAAUUCAGGGGCAACUAUUGAUUGAAAGAUGUUUAAGAAUAAUGUUACUGACCAUAAGCAGAAGGUGGAAACCAUAAUUAAAAACAUUAACACAAUUUCUUUGGAGCUGAAAAAAAUGAGAGAGCAUUCCCAGUUACUGCUUUGUGACCUUACUCUACAGUUUACUCAUCCUGUGAAGAUAGAGGAGUUAAAGGAAACAGAAAGAAACAAUUCCCCAGCUGAAAAGUAUGAAAUAUCAGACCCAUUCCUUGCUUCUAACAGUUCUACUGUCUGAUUUCUUUUUUAGUUAUGAAUUUCUG